AUGCAAACGCUCCUAGUCGAAGAAUCAAAUUCCAAAAAAAAUUUUUAUAAUUACUACGAUUCAAAAAAUGUACUAGAAGAAAACAUAGGUGACAAAAGAGAAGAUUAUUCAAUAGAGGAUUUCGAUACAAAAGAAGAUGUUGUGUCUAUUCAUACCGAUUCAGAUUAUUCUUUGCCUAGUGACGAAGAAGAAUUCGAUACAAGCGAUGCUUCGAUUAAUAUCAAAAACAAUAACAAUCCUGCUAUCAUUACAAACACAAACGCUAAUUUUAAAAAGAGGUAUAUAAAUGAUGGCAGUAUUCCAUAUUCAAGGAAUUGUGAGAGGCCAUUUAAAGAACAUUCUCAACAUUUUCAUUUUGACGAUCGUGAUAGCAGAGAUCUUGUUUACAACAAUGACAUUUAUGAAUGGCCACCAAGAUAUCAUCAUGUUAUGUCAUAUCAAAAUUAUGAUCUUGAUAGAGAAUAUGAACAUGAACAACAAUACAUGGAUGACAGGAUGAUUGAUUAUAUUGAUUACGAUGGAGGAAAUGAUAGAGGCAUCGGCAUUGGUGGUGGUCUAGAAUCUGGUAAUCGAACCUCAUAUAUUAUUAACGGUAAUAAUAAUAUGUCAAAUACUGGAAUAGGAGGCAAUAGAAUUAAUAAUUGUGGUAAGCCGUUGGCAAGACAACGAUCACUGGAAAGUAUCAAUAAAGAUGAUCAUUUAUUACUAUUACGUGAAAGAGACCAACCUUUACCAUUUCCUCCACGUGAUAGUUUUAGAAAAUUUGAUGAUAGAGCUCCUCCCAUGAUGUUGACUCAUAGAACCGAUGAUGAUUAUUAUUACGGUACAAUGUCUGAUCGAUAUUUAAGAGAUUUAAGUGUUAGUGAUUAUGACAAUGAUAUUUAUUAUUAUAGAAAUAUGCAACAAGAUAAACCAAGAAUUGACUCAACAAGUAGAGAAGAAAGAUCAUUGAAUGGAUUGAAUCAUUAUCAAAUACUGAAAAAUCAAGAUAUGGAGACAGAUACUACUGAUUAUUGCAAUGUUAAAAAUGAUAUCGUUAAUAACGACAAUAUUAAUAAUUUAGGAAUCAAUCAAUAUUAUCAAAAAAUUAAUAAUAAUGAUAACGAUAACAAUAAUAAUUAUUAUUUAGAAGAACCUUCUUUACCAUAUCCUUGGGAACUAUGUAUAUCCAGUAAAAAUAAGAUUUACUACUUCAAUACUGAAACUCAUGAAAGUCAAUGGACAUUUCCAUCCGAAGAUAAUUAUAAAAAGAAUUACGAUGACAACAAUAACGACAUAUGGCCAAUAGAUUCAACUGAAUGA